UGCAGUUUGAAAUUGUGUGGGUAAUUUGAGCACGUCGUGACAGUUCAACAGGCAGUCAUUCAACUGUCUGCUGGGCCAACUUUGACUCUGUGGGAGGUGAUUGUUGCUGUCAGCUUGAGAACUGGCUUUGAGACAGCGCAGAACUGAGAGGUUUCACCAUAGACAAAUCAUAUCAACAGGUUCCUGUGACGUGGAGCCAGAGAUUAGUACCGGUGUUGCUGGGUUGUUGUUGGUAUUCAGCCUUACAUCCCUGGUGUGUCAGGAAACAGGUGUUUACACAGAGAACAGGUGCUGAAUAGUGCUCGGUCAUCUCUUCUCUACAGUAGUUCCAGACUUUCUCCGUCCGUCCAGCCCAUCAGAGCGUCUCACAACCGUUCCACCCUCCCGGGAUGCCCCGGUAUUGUGAACCUUUUAGGGGUUCGAGUGUAGCUCACCAGGUGAAAACGUAGGUCACUCGAGCACAAUGACUGAACAUAAUGCUCCUAUGGACAGCGCUCAAAACCACCAACCCUAUGACAAAGUCAGUACUGUUGAAAGUCUAGUAUCCAAAGGAAUCAACCCAAUUCUUGGGGAGCAUAUCUUCCUGGGGAGGUCUCUUCUAUGCCCACCCAAGCCCACCUUCAAGACGCCGAAGUUGCCCCUGCGUGUGCACUGGAAGAUGUUCUCGAAGUCUGCCAAAUACUCCGGUACCGAGGUACCCUGGCCCAAUGCCUCCACAGACGGGAGGUCCCACCCUGCUGGGAUAGCAGCGAACGGUCAAGACAUGGAAGCCGUGGAGAGACGUGGAGAGAAGAGGAAAGACGAUGGGGACGGGGCAACACAGAGAGACAAAGAUUACCUCCCCCCCACCCCUCCUCCAAAGAAAGACAAAAGGUGGAAGGGGAACUCUCCUGCCACGUCUGACGGCAGCCUGUCCACCCCACAUUCCCCCGCCACUCCCUACUGCUCUCCCAUGUCGUACCUGGACUUCAACUUGGACUCCCCCAUCUGCUCCCCUAGAACUCCCUUGUCCAGCACCGACUGGGCCUCCCCUCUCAGCCCCAAGUCUAACUACGGCCCCUUAAGUCCCCUCCAAAAGCAGGGUGGACAGAGAAGAACAAGGUCCCCACCACAAAACGCCCUCGAUCUCUCCUCCUGGAAGGAGAUUACUUCAAGCGCCAACGGGGAGGUAAAAUCCAUGGGAGCGAGACAACAACAACAACAACAACAACACAUGUCCAAAGGAAAGAGUCAGAACGGCAUCCCGAUAUCCCCCUUUCUGAUGGAGCCGACCCAAAGAGACGUACCAAACCACCCUCCCCCCUCCCUGGCCAGUAGACAGUCUCUACAAGAGAAGGACCUCAUGAUGAAGGGCUCCCCCCGACUCCUACACCCCGGCCACCCCCCCAUGCCAACCGUGGGCAUGAACAUGCUCCCUCCACAGAGAGUCAGACAGAAGUCGCCCGUCAGAUCAUCACCAGGAGGCAACAACCAGAAGAUUCCCAACUAUCCCUAUCCCACGAUGGUUCCCAUGGCAACGGGGUCCAUGUUUGGGGGGAUGAUGCCCGCCACGUCCCACCCGAGCAUGUUCCUCCCCCCGUCUUCCCCCAUGUUCCUCCCCAGCCCCUGCUCGCCGAUCUCCUUACCCGAGGAGCCGUCCCCGGUGGCGGGCCCCUCGCAGACGUCUCCGCCGUCCCCCGCCGUGAAACGCGAGGAGUCGUUCCCGGAGACGAGCCAACCGGACAGCACCAGCAGCGACUCGGUAGGAGAGGACAGCAGCUCCCAGCCGGGCUCCUCCACGACUGCCGACGGGGACAGCCCGGUGGGCAAGCCGUGCCCGGUCUGCGGGGACAAGAUCUCCGGGUUCCACUACGGCAUCUUCUCCUGCGAGAGUUGUAAAGGUUUCUUUAAGAGGACGAUUCAGAACAAGAAGAACUACAAGUGUCUGGCGGCUGCGAAGUGUGACGUGUCGCUGAAGACGAGAAAACGGUGCCCUAGGAAAGGGGUUAAGGCCCUUUUAAUUAAGAUGAAACUAGAAGCCAUACGCGAGGACCGUACCAGAGGCGGCCGUUCCACGUACGAAGGGGCGCUGCACACUGCCAAGCUGAAGACCAACGGUUACGGGGAGGCCAAGCGGAGGCGCCAUUCCAUGGCAGCACAGAUAAACUUUGCUCCGUUCACGCCCCUCACGCCAAGCUCUGCCAAUGGGUUUGCCAGGAACCAGUCUGUGUUAAAAAUCAAGCAGGAGCCGCCGUCAGAAUAUCCUCAGGAAAAGACGAUACCACCACUUCUGCAGGAGUUCCUGACUCUAGAGUCGCUGGUGGAUGAGAUGCAGCAGAUGCAGCUGUUUGAGCUGGACUUCGCCCGGCUGUGUCAGAUGACCGAGAUCCAGCUGAGGAAGAUGGUCAAAUGGGCUUGCCGCAUGCCCCUCUUCUCACAAGUCAAGAGUGAGGACCAAGUCCUGUUGUUGCAAAGUGCAUGGGGAAACCUGUUGUUGCUGUCAGCCUGCUUCCACUCCCUGCCUCACACCAGCGCGCUGUAUGGAACCGAGGAGGGCAAGAAGAAAGCAGAGUCCCUAGGGCUGGAUGCCUUCAUCACACGCAUGAUAGACCAGGUGGAACACUUGCGAAGACUGAAGGUGGACCACAAUGAGUAUGUGGCAUUGAAGGCCCUCAUCCUACUUAACCCAGAUGUGAAGGGGAUAAAGAACAGGAACCUGUUGCUAGACUACCAGGACCAGGUCCAGGUGGCUCUCCAGACGUACACGGAGUCGCACUACCCCGACCAGCCCAACAAGACAGGGGAGCUUCUCCUCAGGCUCACGGAGAUAGAGAGGGCCUGCUUCAUCGGCAAGGACCAUCUUGUCUUCAGGUACAUCACGGGACAGCUGCCCUCUUGUCAACUGUUGACUGAACUUCUUGGCGUGGAGUCUUCAAGUACGGACACCGCUCUGGGCUCCUCUCUCACCACUGAACUGUCUGCAGCCGGUGUGAAUGACUGACUGACUGAACUAUCUUGCCAUCCCAUGGCUUAGGUGGUGUACAUGUACAUGUAUCUUCAAAACGUAGUUCUUUCCACUCAAGACUUGAUCAAUUGAAGAAAUGUUUUGUUUGUAAUCAAAGUGGGAUAACAAUAGCCAUCCUCUGUCGUCACAUUUGUCUCAGGAUCUCUUUAUAUAUGGUGUCUAAAAUCUAAUCACAUUCAAGAUGGAUUUGUCCUAACCUGUCAUCCAUCCAUGUGUUUUGAAGUACAACUGCAAAGCAGUUAAGGAAUAUUCUUAUCUAUGUGUGUAUAUGUCUAUAUUGGAUCUUCCUGGCUAUGAUUGUAUAAUUGAAAGGUGGUUCAUAUCAACUUGAUGUUUUGCUUGGUUUUCAUACAUGUAAUUGGUCUUGCCAGGUAUAAGGAGAUGGAAGAAAUUAUUAUUGAAAUCAGUUCUGUAUUGUGUAAAUUGUGCUAUGAUUUAUGAAGAAAAUGAUGACAGAGAACAUUGGCCAGGUAUGACCAGCAAUAAGUCUGUACAGUUUUGACAACGUAAAGUCUUUGGUUUUGACCUUUUUGAAAUAUGCACUUGGUGACUCUCCAAAGAAAUAGAUUAUCCUCCAAGGCAGAAGUGUACCAUAGUACACUGUAGUUGUAGACUCUGUGUGUGUGUGUGUGUGUGUGUGUGUGUGUGUUGGUACCUAGAGAUUUAUGGGUCUAGCUGUGGUUGUAGUACCUGCCAUUGGAGAUGGACUGCUGUGGUGAUUCCCAUGUACAGUGAGUUACACUUUGUACCGUAGUAAUGGAGGACACAAUAUCUAUAUCUGUAUUAUAUAUAUUUAUGUAUAUAUAUAUAUGAAAAAUGGAUUAUUAGGGUGGUAUAGAGCAGACCAGGAGUGUUAUUUUCCAGGCUGUAGAAAGUGCUGUGAUAGGUGAAAAGUUAUCGUGUGUUUUAUUUUGGUAGAUUUGGCUGCUUUUUGUUUGGAAUGGCAGAGCACGUUUCGACUGCAAAUGUGGGAAUUGUCUUUGACUGGGAGGAGCAGUUAGAUUUGUUGAUAUAAUGUGUGUUUGUGGCUGCCAUAAUCUCAAAAAUGAUUUCAAAAAUCAACAAAUUUCAGGAUUUUGCUCAAUAUGUUUGUUAAUGGCCCCUACAUUAAAAUCUGCUGUAUUUCUAUUAACAGAGGUGCCCUACCUUGAGACGUGCCCAAAACUUUUUAAUGAUCUUAUUAUGCAAAAGUAGGCUGUGUUAGUUGCCACCGACUAUGCUGCUUAAGGUAUCCUAACCUUGACCCUGUACACAGCUGUCGUUUGCUUGUAUAUAAUAUUGAUUUAUUAUUUUGUCAAAAACAGUAUUUUAUCAACAACUGUAGCACUGAACUGGUAGCAGCCAAAAUAUUGCCAAGCAGUCACAGAACUGUUAUACACAUAAAUAAAACUUUCCAAACACUAGAAACACUGAAAAUUUGUUAAGUAGAAUACUGACCCAAGAUAAGCAGCAUCUCAAGUAAGGGCAUCCCGCGUUAUCUUCAUAAAUUAUAUAUACCCUUUCCAAGAAAUAUUUCUGUCAAAUGCACAUUGUAAUAAUUCUCCAAUGUCUAUAUAAUGGUAAUUUUUGUUUUUUGUCUGUAUAGUAUUCUGAUGCAUUAUAUUUCCAACUUUGUAAUUAUUUGUUUAUUUGAAAAUAAGAAAUUUAUCAAUUUUGAAUAAUUAUGCUUUUGGUAUAAUGCUUGCCGGGACAAUAAUCUUUGGCAGAUUACUUCAAUUCAUGAUUCAUUUUCAAAGCUAUAUUGGUAAACUUUCAUAUUCCUUAACCAAUAUUGAAAUUGUACAAUUUGUCUUUUUCUGUAUUUUGGGCCAGUACCACAGAAAGAUGUGAUGGAAAGAAUUAAUUUAAGGAGAGCAAUUUGGAGACAAAAGUGCAGAAUUUGAAUACUUCAAAAAUGCCCGGCUCUCAGUACUAGCAGCUACAUGUAGACAAGUGUACAUAAUGAUUCAAGACCAUAAAUGGCAGCUUUAACAUAAUAUUAUAUCACGAUCCAUGACUAUAUUUUCAAGUCUUUACCUAAGCCUAUUGGUGGCAAAAAUGGGCAUAUUAUGUACUUAAUAUCAGAGUCUAUUGUUAUGUUACGAAAGCCUUCAAACCAAAACAGCUCCGAUCCAAAACUAGGGUCAUGACUUCACUGAUUUUGAAUCAGGAUUUUACCAUACAUCUCUGAACAGUAUAACAGUUGUUUUGGGGUUAUGAUCAGAUCAGUCCUUCUUUCCACUGGACGGCAAUUGGUGAUCGAUGAGAGGCUGUUCAAAAAUUAAAAUUUGAUCUGUAAUUGUAAUUGUAUGACCAUUUUGUGAUUAGAAUAUGAUGUACAAAGUAUGAUUUAAAAGACACCAUACUAGACAUUUGUUCUUUAUCAAGAAUAAUUUCUUUAAGAAAUUUGUUGAAAUUUUGGUCGCUUGACAUUUGCAUCCUCUAGUGAAGAGGGGGUGUUCACAACAGCAGAAAAAAGAUGAGGAAUAGACAAUGCUUCAGCUGGACCUGGGGAGCAACAACUGUACUGUACAUGACCUAGCUUCCUUAUUUUUCCACUCAUAGAUACGGGUGACAAUAUUUUGAUGAAUGUGUACAAUAAAUUGGAAUCUUGAACUCA